GUGUGAUCUCUGCUGCUGCCUGAUCCCCUGCUUGUUUGAUGACUUCAAGGAUGUGACACACACGUGUCCCAACUGCAAGGCCUAUAUCUACACGUACAAGCGCAUGUGCUAA